AUGCUUCUCCUAAUCAUCCAGUUCUACGUCUUUACCUCGACGUUCGCAUCGUUCAUCAUUUCCGCGCUCCCGGAUGCCGAGACCGGCGGCACCAUCGCCACCCUCCUGUUCAUGAUGACCCUCGUCUUCAACGGCGUGAUGCAGCCCCCGAACGCCCUCCCGGGCUUCUGGAUCUUCAUGUACCGCGUCUCGCCCCUCACGUACCUGAUUGCCGGCAUCACGGGGACCGGGUUACACGGACGAGCAAUCGUGUGCGCCAGCGAGGAACUCAGCGUCUUCGAUCCUCCCAGCGGCCAAACUUGCGGUCAGUACCUGGCCGCCUACCUGCAGGCCGCGCCGGGUCAGCUGUACAACCCAAGCGCAACGCAGGGUUGCGAGUACUGUCAGCUCCGCAACGCGGACCAGUAUCUAGCCAGUUCCAAUAUCUACUACAGCGAACGCUGGCGCAACUUCGGCAUCGGAUGGGCGUACAUCGGUUUCAACAUCUUCGGCACCGUCCUGCUGUACUACAUGUUCCGGGUCAAACACUACAACCCGACCUCCUUAGUCCGGGGGGUCGUGCGCGGCGCGAAAUUCAUCUGUCGCGUAUUCAAGCGACGAUCGGGCGAGACGCCGAAGGGACGAGAGGCGGAGAAUGGUCGGUUGGUGUGA